GAGAUCAUGGUUUCCGUCUCCCUCUAGAAGUCCUCUACGUACAUCAGAACUACCCGCUUACCGCUGUUGUGCGAAGCACAAACAACAGAAUGGGUUUCCGCAGGCUUUGUCUUGAUUUACAGCUGUCUCGUUACUGAAGUCUGGGUUCUGAGCCAGGUAAAUGAGGUACACAUUUGCGACGGAUGACUGCAUGGUCAUCACCAUACCCCUAGGGAAUGUGAAGACCACACAACACGGAGAUCUGAUGCCGGAGAAGUUCUCCUGCGUGUUCAAGGAUGUGUACAAGGUUUUUCUCAAGGGACGACCAAAAGCACUGGGGGUAGCACAACUCACAGCUGCCGUUUUUGUCCUCUGUCUCGGGGGAAUGCUUAUUAAUAAGUCAAGCCCCGAUACUACACAAUUGAACGAUGCCUUCUACACCAUUCCCAGUGCAGUGUUCAUUGUUUGUGGAAUUCUGACAUAUGCAGCGGGACUUUCUCCAGUAAUGUAUGUGAUGAAGAUGUCAUUCAUUUUCAACAUCAUUGGCCUCUUCUGGGCAAUUACAACUUUCGCUUUAUUCUCCAUCAAAGUUUCUUCAACGAAUUCUAUGAUCGUGGGGCUAAGAAGUGUAAUUACAGUUUUGCAUGUUUUGGAGCUUGUCCUUGCCGCAAUACUGAUCUUCUGGGAGAGCAAAGCUAUUUGCAGGGCCCAUUUCAACACUCUGCCCCUGAUCACUCUGAAGCAAGAUGCGUAACCUGCCAAAGACAUUUACAUUGGGAAGGGGACAAUGAAUUAAUUAAGAAAAUGUGCACCUUUGUAAAUUUGCAGAAGCUCCUCAGAUAGUCAAAGGCUUUGCUAAAAGAUGUAAUUAUUAGUUGCUUUCUCUGGUGACAAGCUAAUCGUCAACAACUAAAUUUUAGCGUAUUUCUUUUUGCCACAUUUGUCACAUCUUUAUUAACUUUAUGUAUAGAAAUCUUAUAAAGAACCUCAAAUGAACCAUGAACAAAAGGAUCAAAUUUGAAAUAAAAUGUUAUGAAUAUUUGUGACUUUUAAACUGCAUAUUUUAAUACCAUUUUGUACUGUUUGUGCGAAGUUUUGCGUUGUUAGUAAACGCAUAUUAGUCAAAUAAAAACGCAGCAAAAUAUAUUCUCA